CAUCACCCAGCUGCCACCAAGACAGCAGCCACCAAGAAGAAGCCAGCAGCUGCAGCACCACCAACAACCGCUUCCCCGCCUGAUGACGAUGGUCUGCCUAGCAAAAGCGAGGUACUAUCUUUUGUGCGUGCGCUGUGGGAUAAGGCACAGGCGAUGCUGGAGAAAGACCUUGCUGCUGCUGGGCCUGAUGGGCCCGUCACUUACAGCACCGCUGUCCUGCUCAUGCAUGCGCUGCUGGCGGAGAUGAUAUCUGGUGUCUACAUUCCGCCUGUCCGCUUGUCCGUGUUGAGCACCUUGAUGGUGUCAGGCAUGCAGACCUGCAAGCAGCAAGACUGCUUCCAGAUGGACUGCCGCGGCAACAACCUGGUCGAGGUGAUUCCUGUAGCAAGGGCAGGGGCAGGGGCGGAUGGCAGCCAUGGCGCUAGCAGCAGCAGCAGGAGCAGCAGCAGCAGGGGCCGUCGUCUUGUGAUGGAGACCAUCCAUCACAAGACGGAGCGCUUUAAGAAGGAUGAGGCCCUGAGAAUUGUGCUCCCUUCGACGCUCUCCCAGCACAUCCGGACUUACACAGAGUAUGCCCGGCCAGCGCUCCUCAACAUGAAUCCCAGCAUUGACGAUGCCAGCAAGGAGCCUCCCUUCCUGUUCCUUGACAGGAAGGGCAGGCCGGUUGCAGGUGUCGACGCCCCAUUCACGGACGAAUGGAAGCUUAUUCAAAGGAAGUAUGGUGCACCCUGGCCGACAGUAUUCUGCCCCAUGAAAUUUAGGCACCUCCAUGCCACUGUGAGGUUCAAAGACCUGGUGGACAAUGUGGCAGACCAGGAGGAGGAAGCCCUCGCAGGGGAUGCACUCGUCAUGGGAAAUUCUGUUGCUGUCUGGCGCCGCCACUACAUAAAGGGUCGUGACAGCAUCGUGGCACAGAAGGCUGUUGGGCAGCUCGGGCGCUGGCGGGCCAUGGAGAGGCAGAAACAACACG